AUGUUUCCGCUGAAACCAGUCGCUAUAUGUGCCUUGUUGCAAAUAUGUCAAUGCAUCGACCGAAGUUUUCCUCCAAACUUUAAAUUCGGCGCCGCGACAGCAGCUUAUCAAAUAGAAGGAGGCUGGAACGCAGACGGUAAAGGCGAAAACAUUUGGGACAGGUUUGUCCACGAGAACCCUGGGAGCAUCAAGAAUAAUGCUACAGGUGACAUUGCCGCGGACUCCUACCACAAGUGGCGAGAAGACGUGAGGAUCGCUGCAGAACUAGGUCUUCAGUUUUAUAGAUUUUCUAUAAAUUGGCCUCGUAUUCUACCGACGGGGUUCCCCAACAAAGUGAAUAGAGCUGGUGUCAAAUACUACAGCGACCUCAUUGACGCCCUCAUCGCCGAGGGCAUAGAACCAAUGGUCACGCUCUAUCACUGGGAAUUACCAGUGACAAUUCAAGACAUGGGUGGCUGGACUAAUCCCUUGAUAGUAGAUUGGUUUGGAAACUAUGUGAGGGUGGUGUACUCACUUUAUGCUGACCGCGUCAAAACAUGGCUCACCAUAAACGAAGCAAUUGUUGUUUGCGAUUAUAGUUACCUUACAGGACUUCUUGCUCCAAAGAUCAAGGAGACAGAGUUCGCUCCUUAUUUGUGCAAUAAACACAUAUUGCUUGCCCAUGCCAAGGCUUACAGAAUAUUUGAUCAAGAAUUUAGACCCAAAUAUAGUGGCAGAAUUUCCAUCGCAAACAUCAUGGCAUGGAUUGAACCUUUCUCUCCUAAGGACGUGGAAUUAGCUACGAUGGGAAGGGAGCACAUGGUUGCAAGAUAUUGUCAUCCAAUAUUUUCGGAAAGUGGUGGGUGGCCACUCUAUAUUGAAAAGACUAUGCUGGAGUACAGUCUGAAACAUGGACACAAUGAGUCGACGCUUCCUUCUUUUACGGAUGAAGAAAAAUUAUUUGUUAAAGGUACAGCAGAUUUUUUAGCUAUGAACCAUUACACCACAUAUAUGAUCAAAUCAGCAGAGCUUGGAGAGAGCAGAGGCUCCUGGUUAUUAAAUGGCUCACCGCUAGUAAAUACAAAAUUGAAACCGCCUCCCAAUGCACCUUAUGGCGCUUAUAAUAUAUUUCCGAUAUACCCCGAAGGCAUCCGGAGACAGAUGGCGUGGUUAAAAAAACAGUAUGGAAACGUUGAUAUCCUAAUCACAGAGAACGGCUACUCUUCUGCGGGCAACCAGCUCGACGACUAUGGCAGAAUUGACUUCUUCAAAGCGUAUUUGGAACAGGUGCUGCUGUCCAUCAAAGUGGACAACGUUAGCGUUAUUGGGUUUACAGCGUGGUCACUCUUAGACAACUUUGAAUGGUCGCAAGGAUAUGAAGUUAAAUUUGGACUUUACGAAGUUGACUUCGAAGAUCCUGAUCGUAGAAGAACACCUCGAGCCUCGGCACAUUUCUACGCAUGCGUAAUAAAGAACCGGACACUUAAUGACAAUUGCCUAAAUAAGACAUACAUCGCAGGACGAUCCUAUCCAAGGAACGCAAGAAAUACCGCCCCAAUUACGCUAUACAGCAGUAAUAUUUUAUUUACUUUCUUAUUAUUAUUCUACAUAGUCGAUAUUCUGUGAUUAUAUUUGAGGCGAUUAUGUCUAUGGGCGAAGUUGACCUCACCACAUUAGUUUGUCCCAAAUGGUCAAAGCA